GCUCUGUAAAAAAGCAGACCUGGGAGUGUACCGGACUUCUUGGCCACACAGAGACCAGUAGCGAUCCACCAGCCGGAGAUUUUUACCAGCUCUCCCACCUUAAGUCCUCAGUUCUUCAUCACCGCCGACCUCAAAGCCUGAAAACCGGAUCGGAAGGAUGAACCCAGCUGCGGUGCUGGUGCUGGUUCUAUGGACAUCCGGGACGUUUUUAACAGUGAUGGGAACACGAAACGUCAGCGCCUGGUACGGAGACACCAUCGUUGUUCCAUGCCAAGGUGGGAAUCCUCCACCAGUUGACAUGAUGUUCGUCAAGUGGAAGACUAAAAGAUCUGACGGUCCUGACGACGACUUGUUAGUGAAACAACCCGGAAGCAUCCAGGCUACGAUUCAGGCCACAGGCAGCUACGCCCAGCGGAUCAGCAUCGAUGAAAACUACAGCCUGCACAUCACCCAGGCCUCGCUCAGGGACCAGCAAACCUUCACCUGUAUGGUGGCUUCAGAGACCAACCUCAAGGAGUAUUCUGUUCAAGUUUUUGUUAACAAGAAACCUUCAUCAGUUGAGAUUAUGGGCGAGGCCAAAGCACUGAUAAAGGACAACCUAACACCAGUAGGAACAUGCGUUGUUUCAGAUGCAAACCCUGCAGCCACCAUCACGUGGAAAAAGGGUGAAAAACAGUUGGAAGCUGAUGGAAAAGGUGUUGUAAUAACCUCCAGUUUGAAGCUAGAUCCCGCCACAGGACUGUCCACCACUUCCUCCACCCUGCAAUAUUCAGCUACCAAAAAAGACAAAGAUUCAGUCUUCACCUGUGUAUCCACCUACGAGGGGUCUAAUCAAGAGACCCCCCUUGGACCUUUUCCCAUCUACUAUCCAUCAGAGAAGGCUAGCCUUGAAAUUCUGUCCAAGCAGCCCAUUGUGGAAGGAGACAAUCUGACGCUGAAGUGUUCGGCCGAUGGCAACCCUCCACCCAACUCCUUCUUCUUCAUCUUCCAGACGAAGAAGAUUGAGGUAAAAAAUUCAGACACCUACACCUUUCCCUCCAUCAGCAGAGAUGCUUCUGGUGAAUACAAAUGUUCCCUUCAUGAUAAUGAGGAAAUUCAAGCCUCCCAGCACGUCCUUGUUAACUAUCUGGACCUGACUCUCAGUCCUUCUGGGAAGAUUGUGAAGAUGGUGGGAGACUCCUUGUCUGUGAAGGUGGAGAAGAAUGCCACAGGUGAUGCUUCAGUGUCAUGGACAAAGGAUGGAAAAAUGGUGAAGGAGCCAGAGUUUACCAGGCUGACCUACAGAGAUGCAGGCGUGUACAUGUGUAAGGCUUCCAUGGGACACCUGACACGAAAUCAGAACUUUGAACUGGUUGUAGAAGGAAGUCCUGUGAUCACCAGCCUCACGAAACACAAGGCUAAUGACUCCAAGCACCAAGUGCUGGUCUGUGAAGCUGAGGGAUUCCCAGAACCCAAGUUCAAGUGGAGUGUCAACUACACCAGCGAGAAAAGCUCAUACAUUAAUGGCAAAGCAGUCCACAACAUCACUGUUAUCCUCCAGAAAAACCUCACCAUCGUAUGCAAUGUCAGCAACAAACUGGGAGAAGACGUCAAAAUAAUAAAUAUUCAUCCUGAUAUUCAGAUGAGAAGUAAUGAAAAAGAUGAUCAGGUGUUCUCAGUGCUGGUGGCGGUGGGGGUCAUCCUGUUGCUUGCGCUUGUCAUUGGAAUCAGCAUUUGGCUCUACAGGAGGAACAGCAGACGUGGAAGCUUCAAGACUGAAACUACAAAUCCGGUCAAGUUAGAGGAGACCAUGAAGCUGGCGGAGAACAAUGAAAAACCUUAAAAGCUGCUCAGAGAUGAAGGAUCAGUCAAACAGCAUCAGAAAAGACUCCCAGCCAGCUUCAUGUCAGACAUCCUGAAUGUGCACUAAGGCUGUACUCUUUUACUGUGCCUUUUGUAGUUCUUUUUAAUUUAUUUUCUGUGUGAAUGUCCUGCUAUGUUUUGUUCCUGUGAGGUUGUGUAUUUGCAAUAUUUAUUUAGAUUAAGUUUGUUUUUUAAGGCUGUUUUUAUAUUAAAAACUAUAUAAAUAAUUCAAAUGUUCUCAGGCUGGGCAUGCUAAUGUAUUUAGUGUUCUUUAAACAUUCUUUACUUUUUUGGAUAAUUUGAAAGGAGAAUCUGUUAUUUUGCUCAGAUUAAAAAGACACUGUGCUUUAUGACUUCACACUGAUGAUUAUUGUACCUGAUGUCUGAGUAUAAACACUGGAAAUAAACUGAUGGACUGUUAAUAGGAUGAUAACAUGUUGCUUAUUGUUUUGCCAGAAAACACAGUAACUGUGGCUUCAGUAGGGUUAUGAGGUUAUUUAUGCAUAAGUAAUUCCUUAAUAACUGUGUAAAAAGUGAUGGCUAGAUUGUAAAUAAAGUGAAUUUCUUACUUUUGACUUACUUUCCCUAACAAACUGUCAGGGACAUACUACAAAAAAUUGUUCUUCAUUGUGACAUCCUGCAUAAUAUACAUAUCACGAUGACUGCGUAAACUGUGAUAAUAAAAGUCCCUAUAU